AUGAGAUAUUAUGAACAGGGGAAUUUAUAUGAAUAUCUUGAAAAAUCUGCUGGGCUUCUUUGCUGGAGAGAUAUAGUAGAUAUGCUAUGGUCCAUAGCAGCUGGCCUUAAUGUUAUUCAUGAAGCUGAUCUCGUUUAUGAACAUACACACGAAGGAAAUAUACUAGUUGAAAACGAAGCAGAUUCAAUAGAUACUAGAAUCGCGGAUAGUAGUUUGCACUGUCCGGUUAAUAAAUCGCAACAAAUUUAUGGAGUGAUACCUUUCGUAUCUGUAGAAAUUUUUUUAAUAGAAAUUCUCCAAAGAAAGAAACUGAUUUACAGUUUUAGAAUGUUCGUUUGGAGAUUCAUCAUUUACAACUCUUUCCAUUGGUUCAUAGCAGCUAUUCUUAAUGUUAUUGAUGAAGCUGGUCUUGUUCAUGGUCAUAUACGCAGAGGAAAUAUAUUAGUUGAAAAUGAAACAGCAGAUUCAACAGAUUCUAGAAUCAAAGAUAGUGGUUUACACGGUCCUGUUGACAAACCAUCACAAAACAUUUAUGGAGUAAUACCUUUCAUUGUUCCGGAGAUAUUUAAUGGAAAUACGCCAAAAAAAGAAUCUGAUAUUUAUAGUUUUGGCAUGAUCAUGUGGAUGUUAACAGCCGGUGCACGCCCUUAUUAUGAUAGAGCCCAUAAUUAUCAACUUGUUCAAGACAUCUAUUCUGGAUUAAGACCAAGUGUUGUAGAGGGAACUCCACCUGUUUAUUCUAAAUUAAUGCUCGAAUGUUUAGUUGCCAAUCCAUCAAAUAUGCCAACUGCGUAUCAACUUUACGAAGAUUUUGGAGAUUGGGUUUCCACCAUAUGUGAUGAUCCAAACACGUCUGAAUUAGCUGAUCAAUUUGAUGCCGCAGAGGAGGCCAAAUUUGCAAAUUUGGAAAAGUCGGUUUCUGAUAAUGAAUUUUUCGAUUCAUGA